CCAACAAGGCACAAUGCAGUCUUUACGGCUUCGUUUCUCACCGCAAAUCCAGAGUAAUGAAUUGAUCUCUCUAUUCUUAAUUGGGGGAAUUUCUUAUUUCUCUUAUUGGUGGGCUGUUCUUUGUAAAUUCAGUGUAUUGGAAAUUAGUAUUGAAAAUGGUGGUAUUUCUAAGUACAGUUCGUCCAAUUCCCUAUUCUUUAAGUAAUUUAGCAAAUCAAAAUCUCAAAUUCUCUCUUUCAAAGUUGCUGAUUUCAGUUCCUACAAAUGGGUUUGCCUCGCGGAUUCUCAAACGAUCCUUUCAGGCAUCUCUACAAUCUGAAUCUACAAGCAACAGUCCUGUGACACCAUUUGGAGAAUCUGAAAUCAUAUUUGUGGGGACAGGAACAAGUGAGGGUAUUCCACGUGUAAGCUGCUUGACUGAUCCUGUCAAGAUUUGUUCGGUAUGCAAGAAAGCUACUGAGCCAGGUAGUAAAAAUAAGAGACUCAACACAAGCCUAUUGAUCCGUUCUAAUGGACCUUCUGGGACGCACAAUGUUCUUAUAGAUGCAGGAAAAUUUUUCUACCACAGUGCUCUCCGUUGGUUCCCCACCUAUGGGAUAAGAACAAUUGAUGCGGUAAUUAUUACUCAUUCUCAUGCUGAUGCUAUUGGAGGUCUUGAUGAUCUUCGAGACUGGACAAAUAACGUUCAGCCUUCCAUUCCAAUAUACGUUGCAAAGCGUGAUUUUGAGGUGAUGAAGAAGACUCAUUUUUAUCUGGUUGACACAAGCGUAAUUAUAAAAGGUGCCGCUGUCUCCGAGUUGCAGUUCCAUGUUAUUCAAGAGGAGCCUUUCAUUGUGCAUGAUCUGAAGAUUACUCCGUUGCCAGUGUGGCAUGGUCAAGGGUAUCGUUCUCUCGGUUUUCGUUUUGGCAAAGUUUGUUACAUAAGUGACGUUAGUGAUAUCCCCGAUGAAACUUAUCCACUUUUGGAGGAUUGUGAGCUUCUAAUUAUUGAUGCUUUGAGACCUGAUCGUUCUUCUGCAACCCAUUUCGGACUUCCUAGGGCAUUGGAUGAAGUGCGAAAGAUUCAACCGAAGAGGACACUUUUCACUGGCAUGAUGCACCUGAUGGAUCACGAAGAAGUUAACGAUUACCUGUUGAGUUUGAAGGAUAAAGAAAACCUUGAUGUGCAAUUGAGCUAUGAUGGGCUUCGAGUGCCUGUAAAUCUCUAGCCAAUUUUCUCUAGCGGAUAAUUAUACAUUCAACAACAAUGAUUCCUCAAAUUCAAACGCAAAGCCUCAUGCGAAUUGCGUCAAGGGUCCUGCAGAAGGUAUUUUUUUGGUGAUAACAACUUUCACUUUGUACAGUUCAUUGAGUUGCUUAUUGUACUGUGGAUUGGGGAAUUCGAAUGUGUUUUCGGGGUGAGACAUUUCUCAUCGGUUCAAAUUCAAUUGUAUUUGUGACAGCAUACUCAGGGCUGCAAAAGACCUGGGUAAAACAUGGAAUGACCUCGAACGAGCUUUUGUAGUUGGUUGCUCGAGCAUCAUUCAUGAUACAAGCUCAAUUUCAAGCUUGAAUUGGGCUCAAAUAAUACUAAUAAUCAUCUAUAGUUUGUCACUGUGAUAGAAUGAUUCUUAAAAAGAAAGCAUCACUGUACUAAAUAGGCUAUUUUCUGUUUGAUGACCAUAGAAGGAUUCUUGAAGUGGAGUCUCCAAGAGCUUCAAAAGCUCUUAGGGUUGAGGAUAAUGUGUCUCAAAAAAUGUAUUCAACAUUUUCAAGUGUACCACAUUGAAGUAGGCAAGUGAAGCCUAUAAAAAUUAAACUGAAGAAUGUGAUUAUGUGGCUUAUGUUCUUAAGGUUGCAAGUGAGGUAGAGAAGAUUUAUGAUCUCAACUUAUAUAAUAAAGCCAUGAUUUCACUAGGUGCAAACAAGUGGCCAUCAACCAUAAAGCAAGACAUAGUCUUUUUUGAUCUGAAUAAGACUUGAUUUUGGAGUGCAUGUCUGUCAUUAAGAAGGAUGGAUUCCUAAGGAAGACUCCAUCUACAAAUAAAUGGUAGUUGCAAAAUGUUAUUCUCAAACUAAAGAUAUUAUUUACCCAGAGGUGUUCUCUUGGAUGUGAAACAUCUGUUCUAUAUGGGAAAAUGGAAGAAUAAAUAUGCAUAAAGAAAUCAUAUUAUUUUGAGAUAGUAGGUAAAAAACAUUAAGUAUUGCCAGAAAAGUCUCUUUAUGGCUUAAAGCAAAAUCCAAGACAAUGGUAAAAGGUUUAAUUCCUUCAAGGUGUCACAUGGUUUUGCAAGAAGGUUUUCGAGAGGCCUACAUGAAGAGUACAUGUGUCGAGUCCUUGAUUUAUCUCGUGUUUUAUUUGGAUGAUAUAUGUAUAUGUUGGUUACAUAUAAUGAUAUGCUUAAAGUGGUGGCUUUGAAGAAGCUUUUUUAUCGAGUGAGUUUGAUACGUAGGAUCUUGGUGAGGAUAAGAAAAUACUCGGUAUUAACAAAUGUGUUUUGUAUCUUACUUAGAGAACAUUGAGAAGGUGCUACUAAGCUUCUCCAUUGAAAGUGCGAAGAUUGUUUUUAUUCCCCUUAGUUCUCAUUUUAUGCCAUCAAGAGAUCUUUGUCCAUUGAUCGAACAAGAGGAAGUUUGUUGGAAGGACAUCCUUACAUAAAUAUUGUUGGUAGUGUAAUGUAUGACAUGAUGUAUUCAAGGCGGACAUUGCUCAAGCUAUGAGCAUGUUGAGUAGAUAAAUGACAUUGGAAUGCGGUGAAAUGGUUGUUGAGGUAUUUGAAAGCAACCUAAAUUGCAUGCCUCAAGUUUGGUAGAGACAAAAGUGGUUUAAUUGAGUUUUGCAAUUUAGAUCAUGGGGUGACUUGAGUGUUAAAAAAUCGAUAUUCGGGUUUGUGUUCACAUUGAGUGCUAUCAUGUUAAUUUUGGAAUCUUCACUAUAAGAUGUAAUGGCAUAACUACAAUCAAUGUUGAGUUCAUCGCCAUUAGCAAAGUGGUUGAAGGGUCAAAUUGGAGAAAUACGUCCUAGUUUGGGUUUGAUGAAUGUGCAUUGUCAUAGUUAAAGUGCGAUCCAUUUAUAAUCAAAACACAUUAGAAGAACCAAACACAUAUUGACAUCAAAUAUCACUUUAUUCGAGAUAAGAUCAAGACGAAGCAGUUGAGUUUGAUGAAGAUUGUUAUGGAGGACAAUCCAAUGGAUAUGAUGAUUAAGACUUUGCCUGUUGAAAAGUUCCAAUUGUAUGUGGACUUUGUUGGUCUUUCACCUUGUUUAAUGUAAGGCCCUUGAAGGGCUUGUGGACAUAUGUAUGUAAUUUACACCUGUAGAUGAGGAGGUGUUAGGUGCGGUUUAUUUUAUUAUGUUUAGUGGUGAUGUGGUAUGAAGGUUAUAAAAAACGUAGCUUGUGAGACUCAAGUAAAGGCGAAAGAUUGUUGUAUAUGCCUAAAGUUGAUGGUCAGUUCAUGUGUGGACAUAGCAUCUAAGUGUUUGAGAUUAAUUGACUAUGUAUAAUAGUUAUUUUGGAAACCCAAAACGGUAAAUUGAACAAAGGAGGAAAAUUUAAAGCUUUUGGGCUGAGGAAUAAGUUUUGCACAAAUAUUAUAAGUUAGUUUAACUACUAAAGAUUGAAAUAUAAAUUUUAAAUUGUAUGAGUGAUAUUAAAAUAGAGAAAAAAAAUAGGUACAAUAAUUAAUGAAAGACAUUACGAAAAAAAAAUAUAGCAUAUUAAAUGUGAUGAAAUUAAAUAAAAAAAUAUAACAAAUUUAUGGACACUAAAAAGUAUUUCCAAAACAUGUUAUCCAUCAAUAAAGAAAUUCCGACCAUAUGAUUAGCCCAAAAGGUAUAUGAAAAAAAAAAAUGGAGUAGAACAUGAUACAUAAAUUAAACAAAAUAUUAAAUAUACACCAAGAAUUGC